AUCCGCGUCACUGUGCUGCGUAUGUUUGACAACAGACAACAACCACAUCAAACCUGAGGACUACGGUACACCUUCCCACCCUUUUCAACAACAGUAUCAUCCAAGAAAUACCUAAACUUCCCACUACUCAAUUUAACAGUCCAAAAAAUAUGGCUAGCAACGAUUCAACGUAUCUCGCAACAAGCGAUAUCUCUGCCGUUGCCGUCAACAUGACGACUGGAUCUGUGGUGGCGAACAUGACCAUUACAGAGAAACUCUCUACUUUGCCAAUGGUUUUAUGGGAUAAUCGCGAUACAUUCAUGCUUGAGUUCCGCAUCAUUUUCACCGCCAUGGCUUGCAUCUAUCUUGGGUCUUAUGCCGCCCUUCGUCGCCCACCAUCUGCCAAUCCUCCCAAAAGGAGUAAGAAAGGAAAACGCAGAGAACAACAAGACUAUCAUGAUGAAGAUGAUCAGAUGGUUCACGGCCUGCUACCAUCAGAUGCUAUCAUGUUCCCCAUUCUGGCCGGCAUAGUCCUUGUAGGUCUCUACUAUUUGAUCAAAUGGCUAGAGGAUCCCAAUAUUCUCAACAGAAUUCUAUCCGUUUACUUCUCUACCAUGUCCCUGGCAAGUCUAGGCAAACUUCUCGCCGAUUCAUUACAUUUUUUGACUGGUUUUGUAUUCCCGACUGUGUGGUCUACCAAGUCAGGCCGAGUCUAUCACAUUGACUCCUCGAAAAGGGGCCAUUGGUACACAGCUGAGGAAACCAAGAACCAACUAUGGGACGACAAGAAGCAAUCUCCCCUUCCUGGCCGAUGGUCUGAAUUAAGCCUCACCGAAGCGAAAAGAAACUUUCUUUGGGAAACCCGUCGAUUGCUAAUGGAGCAGUGGACUGUACGCCUUUCGAUACAUGGCAUUGUUAAUGAGACUUUUAAAGUCAGAUUCAAUGACAUACUCGGCGUCGUUAUUGCUAUCGGUGCGAAUGCGACCUACUACAUGACAAAAUCGACAUUUCUAUCCAAUGCUAUGGGCUACGCCUUCUCGUAUGUUGGUAUCAUUGUCAUGUCUCCAACCACCUUCACUACUGGAACUGGCCUCUUAUUUGGACUCUUCUUUUACGAUAUAUACAUGGUCUUCUACACCCCUUACAUGGUGACUGUUGCUACCACGCUUGACGUUCCAAUGAAGCUAGUUUUUGAGGGACCCGGAAGAGCUAGCAUGCUCGGUUUGGGUGACAUCGUACUACCUGGCAUUUUCAUUGGACUAUGUCUCCGCUUUGAUCACUACAUGUAUUACUACCGACAACGAAAGCUCGUCCCUGUUGAAUUGAAGGUCCAGGACAAAUCUUCGGGCCAGCUGGUAACGAAUACCCAGACGCAACGCAUGGUGGUCAAGCCUGACUAUGUAAACCCUCAAGGGCAAUGGGGAGAUUUGUUUUGGAGCACAAAACUCAGUAAUAUCCGGUCGCCAAAUGCUACUCCAGCCCUGGAAGCCUCAGCAUUCCCCAAGACUUAUUUCUAUGCUGCCAUGAUCGGCUACCUUUUUGCCAUGGUCAUGACUUUAGCUAUGCUUCUAGUUUACCGUCAUGCGCAGCCAGCACUGCUCUACCUAGUACCUGGUGUUAUAUUCAGUGUCUGGAUCACGGGUACUCUGAGGGGAGAGCUUCGUGAGAUGUGGAACUAUACCGAGGAUGGCCGUCUAGAUAAAGUCGACAUGAUAGUGGAUGUCGACGAGAAUGGAAAUGUCAUUGACUUGAUCCCUGAUGACAAGGACAGUAGGGGAGACAAUAAGCGCGAGGAGAAAUCGAACACAGAGGCUACGACUGAGGCUGAGGCUAAGGCUAAGGCUGGUGAAGUUAGUCCAGCUCAGCCAAAUGACAUUUCUCCAAAGAAACGGGAAGAUACGAAGGCUGAUGGAAGAAAAGAAAAGGGGUACCCCGUUUUCCUCUUCUCGAUUGAGGCUCCGCCCCUAUCGGAGCAAACAAGCCACACAUAGGUAUUUUAAAUCUCUAUGGUUGUGAGAUUAGGUAGCUGAGAAGAGUACAUAAUUAUUACUUAACCACAUACUAGAC